GGUUGUCGUGGAGCGUAGUACUCGCGGCAGCCGUGAAUGGGAGGGGACGUUUCUUCGCCGUGAGGCGGCUUUAUUUUGAUUUUUUUUGUUUCCUUCCCCAACCCGUGAUAAAUUUAUCUCCGCUCCCUUCUGGAUACAAACGUGUUCGUUUAUAAUAAUCGCGUAGCAAGAAAGCUUUGGAGUUGUGGAGCAUGGAGGAAGGGUCCGGCGAAGGUGACAUGUUUACAGUUGAGCACGAGCUGAAGAACGCUAAUUUAACAGGCCAUGCAGAAAAAGUUGGGAUUGAAAACUUUGAACUAUUAAAGGUCCUUGGAACUGGAGCUUAUGGAAAAGUAUUUCUAGUGCGAAAAAUCAGCGGCCAUGACACCGGACAGCUCUUUGCCAUGAAGGUUCUGAAAAAGGCAACAAUAGUUCAAAAAGCAAAGACGGCAGAACACACCAGGACAGAGCGUCAAGUGUUGGAACAUAUUCGGCAGUCACCUUUCCUUGUCACAUUACACUAUGCGUUCCAGACAGAUACAAAACUUCAUCUAAUUUUAGACUAUGUGAAUGGAGGGGAAUUAUUCACUCACUUGUCACAGAGAGAGCGCUUCACGGAGAAUGCAGUGAGAAUAUACAGUGGGGAGAUAGUGCUGGCAUUGGAACAUCUGCACAAGCUUGGAAUUAUUUAUCGAGAUAUUAAAUUGGAGAACAUUCUUCUUGACAGUAAUGGUCAUGUGGUUCUGACAGAUUUUGGACUUAGUAAAGAGUUUCUCAUAGAUGAAAAUGAACGAGCAUAUUCCUUUUGUGGAACAAUAGAAUAUAUGGCUCCAGAAAUUGUACAAGGAGGCGAUGCAGGACAUGAUAAGGCUGUAGAUUGGUGGAGCCUUGGCGUUCUGAUGUACGAGCUAAAAACUGGAGCAUCGCCUUUCACUGUUGACGGGGAAAGAAAUUCACAAACCGAGAUUUCAAAGAGAAUUCUAAAAAGUGACCCUCCAUAUCCGCCAGAAAUCGGCCCUUUAGCUAAAGACAUAAUGAAGAAACUCCUCAUGAAAGACCCCAAGAAAAGGUUGGGUUCUGGUCCUGGAGGUGCUGACGAAAUUAAAUCUCACCUCUUCUUCCAGAAAAUAAACUGGGAUGAGUUAGCUGCCAAAAACAUCGAAGCCCCGUUUAAGCCGGUCAUCAGGGACGAGUUGGACGUCAGCAACUUUGCUGAGGAAUUCACGGAGAUGGACCCCACGUACUCACCCGCAGCAUUGCCGCAGAACUCCGACAGGAUCUUUCAGGGCUAUUCUUUCAUUGCCCCAUCCAUUCUCUUCAAACGUAAUGCUGUGAUGACUGAUCCCAUUCAACUUCACCUAGGAGCGGAUCGUCCUGGUAGUACGGCCAUUGCUCGAAGUGCUAUGAUGAAGGAUUCACCAUUUUAUCAACACUAUGACCUUGAUUUAAAAGAUAGUCCACUUGGAGAAGGAAGUUUCUCCAUCUGCAGAAGGUGUCGUAAUAAGAAAACUGGGCAGGAGUUUGCAGUGAAAAUUGUCAGCAAAAGAAUGGAAGCGAACACUAAAAGGGAGAUAGCAGCUCUGAAACUCUGUGAAGGACACCCGAACAUUGUAAAGCUGCACGAUGUUUAUCACGAUCAGCUGCACACGUUUUUGGUGAUGGAGUUGCUUAAAGGGGGAGAACUGCUGGAGCGAAUCCGGAAGAAAAAGCACUUCAGUGAAACGGAAGCCAGUUGCAUUAUGCGCAAGCUGGUCUCUGCCGUCAGCCACAUGCACGAUGUGGGAGUUGUGCACAGGGAUUUGAAGCCUGAGAACUUGCUGUACGCUGACGAAACCAACAGCACGGAAAUAAAAGUCAUAGAUUUUGGUUUUGCACGACUGAAGCCCCCCGACAACCAGCCGCUGAAGACGCCGUGCUUCACGCUCCAUUACGCGGCGCCCGAACUCCUGAAGGAUGACGGCUACGACGAAUCGUGCGAUCUGUGGAGCUUGGGCGUCAUCUUGUACACCAUGCUAUCCGGCAGGGUUCCAUUCCAAUGUGAAGAACAGACCUUGACUUCCACAAGUGCGGAAGAGAUCAUGCGAAAGAUCAAACAAGGAGACUUCUCAUUCGAGGGGGAAGCCUGGAGGAGCGUCUCACAAGAGGGCAAGGAGCUGAUACAAGGGCUUCUAACUGUCGACCCGAACAAACGGAUUAAGAUGUCGAGCCUACGUUUCAACGAAUGGCUUCAGGACGGCAGCCAGUUGUCACUCAACCCAUUGAUGACCCCAGACAUCCUUGGUUCUUCAGGACUUUCUGUCCACACCUAUGUCAAAGCAACCUUUCACGCCUUCAACCAGUGCAAGAGGGAGGGCUUUUGUCUGCAGAACGUGGACAAGGCGCCGCUGGCUAAAAGGCGCAAGAUGAAGAAUAGCACCAGCACGGAGACCCGGAGCAGCUCCAGUGAGAGCUCGCACUCCUCCUCUUCCCAGUCCCACGACAAGACCACCCCCACCAAGAUGCUGCAACCCAGCAACCCUGCGGACAACAGAAACCCCGACAGCAUCUUCCAGUUCUCCGACUGAGCUACAACAGGCAGGCCCUUAUUCCCAACUUUAAAAAUAAACCCACCUUUACUUUUUUUUUAAAUCACCCCUUUGAGGACCACAAAUAUCAUUGUUUUCAGCCUUCAUCCUUCCAAAGUACUUUAUUUAUUCCAAAGCACAUGUGUGUAGGUACAGUAUAUAUAGAUGUAUGAAGUAGUUCUGCAUUCCCCAGCAAAAUCGAUCGACCAAUUUUCUCUCAGAGCGAGUGCAAGAUCCAAAUUUAAUCCAGUCCAGUGAGGAGUUUCAGAAGAAACUUCUUCACCCAAAGAGUGUCAGGAAUGGUGAACACGCUACCUCGCGGAGUUGCCGAAACAAAUCGAGCUGAAGCGAUUGAGGACGGAAUGCCCACGCACACGAGGAGGAGGCCGAGGGAGAACACACUAGUAACGUGGACCACUCGGCCCGACGGCCCGUUCCUGAACUGCACCUUCUAUGUAAUAUUGUGUACAUUGGAAAACGGAACUGAUUUUUAAACAAGUCAAAAAAAUAUACAUGUACUGCAUCAAAACAAAACUCUGCAGCCUGGCACUCUAAAGGGCUUUUAGUUAUUUUUGUGCAUUUUUUUAAGUGUGAAAGAAUGCAAAUAUCUAUCAGGUGCAUUUUAUCAAGGAACAUAUUUCCGUUGCGCAAGCCCAAAAGAAUUCAAGGUAAGACGAAAGCACUGUGUUCAUAGGCUUACCUUUAUCUGAAAGACUGCCCCGAUGAUAAGAUGACGGAUCUAUUGUGUACUUAACUUAUGCAACAGAAACGGGGCGCAUAGCUCAGAUUUCUCGUAUGAAUUGCCGGACCUCUUAUCCAUCCUUCACCACCCCUGAACUAUGACCCCACAGAUGAGCACCAGCCUAUCAUCUCGCAGAGUUCCUGCACUUAUCCAUCUUUUGGCUUAUCCAUCAGUCGACCCGAAAACGUCGCCUAUUUCCUUCGCACCAUAAAUGCUGCCUCACCCGCUGAGUUUCUCCAGCAUUUUUGUCUACCUUUGAUUUUUUCCAGCAUCUGCAGUUCUUACUUAUCCACCUUUUUGGCUUCGGUUCUUUUUGUCAGACACUUUUGUGUUCCUGCUCCGUACAGUGGGAUGUCGGAGUCACUCACAGUUGUCUUCUCUGCAUUAGCCGUUCCCAAUCUCCAAGGCACCCGCCAGCAGCAUGACAUACUUUGACACAAAGGACAAAAUCCUCAGCAGCACGUUAUCUGCCCGGUGCUGAUUGCUUCUUGGUGAUCCACGAGGAAAUUUAUAUUCCUAUAACCCGGAGGGAAAAAUAAAACAAAGUAUUUUUGUGUUUCUUUUCCCACUUCAAAGUAUGUCACUAAUUCUGAGCACUUCUGGAUUUCUGUUUAAGUGAAGCGUAAAAUGUCUGACCCAUUUGGGAAAUCUGAGUCUUAAGAUAUCCUUUAUAUAUAUAUAUAUGUGUUGUUUUGUCUUUUUAGAGUGGGUUUGUGGGGAAGCUUGUUUUUUGGUCAUGUAAUGUGCCAAAAGCUUUGUUCUUUAUGUAUUCUUUGGCAUGUACUCUGUUUAUUUCUUGCAUGGGUGGGAAUCGUGCAAGUAACCUGUUAGUACAAGUUUUGUAAAGUUGUGUCCCAACCAUCCAUUUAACUGGUACUCUGUCGCAGCCAACAGUUUGACAUCUUUUUGGUUUACUUUGCGAUUGUGUUAUUGACCGAUAAUUAGGCAGUUGAGAGGAGCCAACCUUGCUGUUCAGACUGAUAUAAUCAAUACUGAUAUAAUCAAUAUUGCAUUGCUCGGUAAAAGUUCUCCUCAAAGUGGAGACCCUUAAGGGCCUGUCCCACUUACGCGAUUUUUUUCGGCGACUUGCCGGCACCCGUCAACAGUCGCAGCAGGUUGCCGAGCAGGUUACUCACCACCAAACAGGCGUCACGUGUCAACAUGUCACGGGGUGACGCCUGUUUGGUGGUGAGUAGUCGCCCAAAGAGUCGUACCUUUUUCUGGUCGCCGCUGGAUUUUCAACAUGUGGAACAUUUUCGGCAACCUGCUGCGACUAUGACAAGUCGCCGAAAAAAUCGUGAAAGUGGGACAGGUCCUUUACAAUAUGAAGUUCCCGUUGGAUGAAAUUGCAUCUUGUUUUUUUCAGAGCAUCUGCUACUAAAGUGCAGCUCAGGCAUUAGGAGAGAUUACCCCUUGGAAUCCAAGUGAAUAGAAAGCAGGCAAUUCAGUCUGUCCUACCAUAGACAGACACAAAAUGCUGGAGUAACUCAGCGGGACAGGCAGCAUCUCUGGAGAGAAGGAAUGGGUGAUGUUUCGGGUCGAGACCCUUCCUCAGACUGAUGUCAGUGGAGUGGGCAGUACAUAGAUAAGGAAGUGUAAGGUGUGAAAACAGGACAAAGGGAAUAGUGAUCAAGGAAAAUGUAGAAUAGAUCAUUGUUAUUUGGGAGAUGGUAACAGCAAAGCAAACAGAGAUAAAAUGUAGUUGGAGACAGUAAGACUGGUGGGAGAACUGGCAAUGGGGAGAGGAUGGAGAGAGAGGGAAAUCAAGGGCUACUUGAAGUUAGAGAAGUCAAUGUUCACACCGCUGGGGUGUAAGGUGCCCAAGCAAAAUGAGGUGGUGUUCCUCCAAUUUGCGCUGGGCUUCACUCUGACACUGGAGAAGGCCCAGGACAGAAAAGUCAGAUUGGGAAUGCGAGGGGGAGUUGAAGUGUUUCCUCCUGCUGUCCUACCAUAGAAGCGGGUGUGUGUCAUAGCGUCUUUGCACAGCGGGCAACAGGCUUACAAAACCUUGCCACCUUUGCCAACCUCCGAAAGCUGCCUCCUACUUCAAUCUCAUUUUCCAUCCUUGCUUUCCACUGAUGUCUUUCACACCCUCCAGUCAAAUGUAAAAUGGGAUUGAAGCAGCAUACUACAGGAAACUGGAGGCCUGGCAGCACGACAGUGCAUGUUAAAAAGGCAGAACCAGGUCUGUGACGAGUGAAACAGUGUUAUUUUUCUUUAUAGCAGCGUAUUCUCCCAGCGCCCCAAUUUCUAGCAUUUGCUGUUUUGAUUAAUGAAUCUAAAAAAAGUAUUCUUUAUCAUCAGUCAUAGUGGCUCAUAGGAACGCAUGACAUUCAGUGUAUGUGAAUUUUAAUACAACGGUGGCCAGUCUAGGAAGGAGUGAGUAGGUGACGUUU